UGCACUGUGUCUCUGCUUGGCUUGGAGGUGUAAGCACAAAGUCACUCAGUGUUCCUGCUGCUGAGCAGUGUCAUUCAGACCAAACUUUCCUCUGGGCUUGUGCAACAUUUCAAACCUCAGGUCCCCAGAAUGUCUUGGAAUGUGUUCUUACUCAGUGUUUUAUGUGAAGUUGGUGAAGUGAGAAAGAGUGACUGUUGUGGUUUAACCCCAAGUGGGAGCUAAGAACUGGGCAGCUGCUCCCUCACCUCCCACCCCACUGGGAUGGGGAGGAGAAGCAGAAGUAAAACUUGUAGGUUCAGAUAAGAGCAGUUUAAUAAUUGAAACACAGGAAAAUAUUAUCAUAAUUAAUAAUAAAAAGAAAAACAAGUGAUGCACAAUACAGUUGCUCACCACCCGCUGCCCGAUGCCAGACCCUGAUCGUUCCCUUCUGCGUAACUCUCCCAGUUUGUGUGCUGGGCAGGACAUUCUAAGAUGUGGAAUAUCCCUUUGGCCAGUUUGGAUCACCUGUCUAUGCUCCCCUCCACCUUUUUUGUGCACCUCCUGACUGGCAGAGCAUGAGACACAAAAAAAUCCUUGACUUGGGAUAAACCCAGCUCCACAAGAACUGAAACAUCAGUGUGUUAUCAACGUUGUUCUCAUACUGAAUCCACAACACAGCACUGUGCCAGCUACUGGGAACAAAUUAACUCUAGAAGAAAUUAUUUCUAGAAGAAAUGAACUCCAGCUGAAACCAGGACAGGCUGUUUCAUGUAUACCAAAUUCAUCUAGCUGAAACAGAUGUUCCCGUGGAGAACAUAGUGUAAUUUCUCAAAAAAAAAGCCCAAAUCACUGUGAAUUAGUGAAGUGUUGUCUGCUUUGGUACAUCAGAGCAGAUUAGUGCCUAAUUCUUAGGAGGAAAGUGUUGGCUUUUGUACUAAUCUUGCUGAGUUUCCCAUGGAGGCACUAAGAUGUUUUGGAGCCCAUUGUGAGAAGUGUUUGUGCGAGGUCAAAGGAUGAUCUCUCGCAGGGUCUGGUGUUUGGUGCAGUCAAAGCUGGAGCCUGGGGAAUGCUGUGGUGAGCUGAGCACAAACAUUGUGCCUGGAGCAGUGUUACAGAGUUUUCUUGGAAACCUUUUCGUUCCUGUUUGUGAGAUUGACGUUGUCCUUAAUGAUGCUGAAACACGAAAACCAGCAGAAAUCAAAACAGAAGAUGGUAAAGUAGAAAAGCACUUUCUCUUCUAUGAUGGAGAAUCUGUUUCAGGAAAGGUGAACGUCUCCCUUAAGCAUGGGAAGAGAUUAGAGCACCAAGGAAUUAGAAUUGAAUUUGUAGGACAAAUUGAACUCUUCAACGACAAAAGCAAUACCCAUGAAUUUGUAAACUUAGUGAAAGAACUGGCCUUACCUGGAGAACUGACCCAAAGCAGAAACUAUGACUUUGAAUUCAUGCAGGUUGAAAAGCCAUAUGAAUCCUACAUUGGUGCCAAUGUCAGACUGAGGUAUUUUCUAAAAGUGACAAUCGUGAGGCGGCUGUCAGACUUGGUGAAGGAAUACGAUCUCAUUGUCCACCAGCUCGCUACCUACCCAGAUGUAAACAACUCCAUCAAGAUGGAAGUGGGCAUCGAGGACUGUCUCCAUAUAGAGUUUGAAUACAACAAGUCAAAGUAUCACUUAAAGGAUGUGAUCGUUGGAAAAAUUUAUUUCCUCUUAGUGAGAAUAAAAAUUCAGCACAUGGAGUUGCAGCUGAUCAAAAAGGAGAUCACUGGAAUUGGACCCAGCACUACGACAGAGACUGAAACCAUUGCAAAGUAUGAAAUAAUGGAUGGUGCACCAGUUAAAGGUGAAUCAAUUCCUAUAAGACUGUUCUUAGCAGGCUACGACCCAACUCCAACAAUGAGGGAUGUGAACAAAAAAUUUUCCGUGAGGUACUUCUUAAAUCUGGUGCUUGUGGAUGAAGAAGACAGACGAUACUUCAAACAGCAGGAAAUCAUUUUAUGGAGAAAAGCUCCAGAGAAGCUGAGGAAACAACGAACAAACUUCCACCAGCGAUUUGAAUCUCCAGAGUCACAAGCAUCUGCUGAGCAACCCGAAAUGUGAACUGGUCUAAGGUGAAAAACUUUGCAAUGCUUCAGCAGGUUAAAGAUGGCAGCAGCCUGUGGGAAAAGAAGGCCAAAAUUCCCAUUUACAACUGUCUUCCUUCAUCUUACAGUGCUGCGUUUCCCAUACUACUAAAGCAUUCUUCAGUUAAAUUUCAAGUAUGUAUAUACAUUUAAAAUAAAGUGCUUUCUCAAACACUGGAACUUUCUUAAGCUACUAUUUUAUACUGCACAUUUACUUUAAUUUGAUAAUGUUAUAUGCACUUGGAUAUGUGUCAGCUUAAAUCUAGUUGUUUCCAUGCAUGGUAGGCUGGUGUAUUUGAUUUUUGCUGCUCACCUCUACAGUGUAGACUAAAGCAUUUCCCUUCUCUCAUGUUGUUUAUUGCAUGUUUCUUUCCAAUGUUGCUUAUUUGCAUUUGUUUUAUUUUGAAACUGCAGUAAGACACAAUUGACUAAAUCACACUAAAACUUAAUGUUUACGGUGAAUUUGUCCUAAGACUCCUAAUUACUACAGUGGAGAGGGUUUAACUGAAGCUGCAUGUACACGACUGUGAUAACUGUGGAGCCUUCAGACACCUCACCAAGGGUUCUAAGAGGCUUUGAAUCUGUCAGUAGUAAAGAAUAGAAACAUCUUUGCCCUUCCUCCCCCAGUUCUCUCUUUACCAAACUUCUCUAAGCCUUUCACGGGAGUCAAUCCCGACUCCUCGGGGCUCAUUUCCCAGUAAUUCGUGACUGUGGAGGUGGUGUUGUGAGUUCACCUUCAGGUGGUGAGUGGUGAAGUAUCUAACAUAGUUCUCUCUUACUGAUGAAGUAAAUGCUGGUAACAUUGAUUAUUUUGCAAAUCCUGUAUUUCCUCCCGCCUUCAUGAUUCCACUGUCUUCAGAGUCUGUCUCUGUAAUUGUCUGACAGGAGAGGCAAAACGUCCUCCAAGGACAUCCUUCUGGGCUUGUCAGAGGGCAGACGAGCCUCCUGUGGUCUUCUGGAAAGGUAUUUGGAAGCCAGGCCAGCCUUAAAGCUUAGACGCUCGCCUGGCACAGCAGGUUGUUUGUCUUUCUCAUCAUCUCAUGGGCAUUUAGUGUUUGAAGAAGUAGCUUUAAGGAGUUAGCCAGCCUUUGUUCACAGCAGAGCCUGGGCUCUGUCCCAGACAGGCUUGGGGAGGAACCAGAGCCUGCUGUGGGGAAGGCGACUUGAACUUGGGGUUCGCUUGGCCUUUAGAGUGAACUCCGGUGCAAGUGUCAUUGGUAACCUUACUUUAUGAGUAAGCGAAUAAUCAAAUUACAUUUCUGUAAGAACUGUUUUAUUACUGCGGCACUUUGAUAAAGCAGAGUCUCUGUGUACUUUAUGCCAGGAUACUCCUAUCGCGGAAAUCUCCGGCCGAGAGCAAAUCCAACUCCCUCAUGUAAGUGCCUGUUCAGAAACUUAAAAGAAUAAAGUAAAAUAAAAGUAAAAAAAGCCAAAUAUUUUCAUGGUCACUUGCAUGUUGUAAUCCUGGGAACGACGAUUUUGAAAAACCUGAUUGUAUUUAACCAGCCUCAGAUUGCGAACCAUGUUGUACGGAGCGGGGGGAGCCCUCCUGAGCUGCGAUUUGAACUAUUAAACAGCUGCAUUCUCACUAAA